GUCCUUGAGAGGUGGCCAUUUCUGGUCGAGCAAAGAUGGUUUAGUCAACAUUUCCAACUCUUAACAGGUAAAGAUGUGGAAGCAAACACAUGGGCAUCCAAAGCAGAAAGGCUUUAUGCGUAUUUGAAAAGCAAAGCAUCUCAGCAGUUGGAAGACACCAUGAAUGCUAUAAAGGAUGAAAUGGAGCUGACCAAGAAUAAAAUGCCCAUUACUGACCACUUGCCCACCAUGCUGGCUGCCUACUUUGGAGAAAAAGAAGCUACCCUGAUCUGCAAGUACCAAGACGAGACUAGGAAAAGGACACCAAAAGAGAUUGAAGAUGAACUGGUGCUGACACCUUGCAUCGUAAUCGGUGGUGAAAGACAAAUUCAACUGGCAGUUGAUGGCAAAUUAAUGAAAUCUAAAAUUGGCAUCACGUCAUUGGCAAAGGCAACCAAGAUGUUGUUUGAAGCUUUUUACGUCUUUUCUGUAAGCUAUCCUGCCAGUUCAACGAACACUCUGGACUUCAUCCAAAGAUACGUCAUCGGAAUAAAUCCCUGUUCCACCAAGUUUCCGAGAGGCAAACAGGGAAAGUGUGCAUCAGUACCUCUACGCGUUAUAAAACUAGCAAAUGAACUUGCUCUGUUUGAAAGUGAUUGGUGUCUUUAAAUAGAGUUGGUUUAAAAAUGGGUGACAUUUCAAAACGAGUUUUUUUUUACAUAAUUUAUUUGAAGCAGAAUGUCCUGAUUGAUAUGACACCAUUUUUAUGAAAAUUGGUUGAAAAUGGGACAGUGCAGGCCAAAUAAACUAUUUUGAGGGUCGUGGCCUAAAAUUGCUGAGUCAUCGUUUCCUAAAGGCCUAUUGAGCUGAUUCUGGUGUCUAUAUAUAUGUUUACUGGCAUGAUAAAUCCAUUGGCAUCCAAAAUUCUUUAAAUAUUCUAAAAAGUAUUGAUUUUAACCCUUCAAAGUCUCAUGGGUCAAUAUGGCCCCAACCUCAUCA